AUGCAGUUCCCCAAGCUCGGUGGCAAGGGCGUAGAGCAUAAGGACCGGACGGAAGCCGACGCUCCCACCUCGGAUUCCAGCUCCGACAUCACGGCUGAGCAGAAGAUUACCUUCGCCGCCGCUUUCCUCGGCCUCGUUGCCAGUAUCGGUGGUUUCAUGUUCGGUUAUGUCAGUGGUCAGAUUUCCGGUUUCUUCCUUAUGGAAGACUUCAUGCAGCGCUUCGGUGAGCCCCAGAAUGGCACCUACGUCUUCAGCGCCGCUCGCCAGGGUACCAUCGUCGGUCUCUUGUGUAUCGGCUGUCUCGUUGGUGCUCUUACUGCCGGCAAGCUCGCCGACACUCUCGGCCGUCGCAUGACCAUCUCGCUCUUUGCCUUCUUCUCCUGCAUUGGUAUCGUCAUCGAGAUCUCCUCCACCACCAAGUGGUACCAGUUCGCCAUUGGCCGCCUCGUCAACGGCGUCGGCAUCGGUGCCCUCUCCGUCGUCGUUCCCAUGUACCAGUCCGAGUCUUGCCCCGCCAUUAUCCGCGGUGUCAUUGUCUCCACCUACCAGCUCUUCAUCACGCUCGGCAUCUGGCUCGCCGAAAUUGUCAACUUCGCGACCCACAACAAGGCCGGCUCUGCCUCCUGGCGCAUCCCCAACGGUCUCGGCUUCGCCUGGGCCCUCAUUCUCGGUGCCGGUAUCCUCCUCCUUCCCGAGUCCCCCCGUUACGCCUUCCGCCAAGGUCGUGAGGACGAGGCUCGCCGCAACAUUGCCAAGCUUGCCGGAGUCGAGCCCAAUGCCGCCUCUGUCAACCUCCAGAUCGAUGAGAUCCGCGCCAAGGUCGCCGAGGAGUCUGCUGGCGCCGACACCAGCAUCUGGGAGAUCUUCACCGGCCCCCGCAUGUUCUACCGUACCAUUCUCGGAAUUGUGCUUCAGGCCGGUCAGCAGCUCACCGGCGCCAACUUCUUCUUCUACUUCGGAACCACCGUCUUCUCCGCUACCGGUCUCAGCGACAGCUACGUCACUCAGCUCAUUCUCGGAUCCGUCAACGUCGCUUGCACCUUUGGCGGUCUGGUUGUCGUCAAGAAGUCCGGUCGCCGCAUUGCUCUCAUCGUCGGUGCUCUGUGGAUGAUGAUGUGCUUCUUCGUCUACGCCUUUGUCGGUCACUUCGCUCUUGACACCGUCACACCCUCCAACACCCCCCAGGCCGGCGCCGUUCUCGUUGCCUUCUCUUGCCUGUUCAUCGCCGGUUUCGCCACGACCUGGGGUCCUCUCGUCUGGGCUGUCGUCGCUGAGCUGUACCCUGCUCGCUACCGUGCUCCCGCCAUGGCUCUUGCCACUGCCUCCAACUGGCUGUGGAACUUCCUCAUGUCCUUCUUCACCCGAUACAUCACCGAUGCCAUUGACUACCUCUACGGUCUCGUCUUCGCUGGCUGCUGUGCUGCCCUGGCUGUCAUUGUCUUCCUCUUCGUCAUCGAGUCCAAGGACCGCACCCUCGAGGAGAUUGACACCAUGUACGUCCAGCACGUCAACCCCAUCACCUCUGCGAAGUGGCGCGGCGAGGUGCACAAGCACCACCACGAGUCCGCCAGUGAGGAGGAGAAGGUCAAUGCCACUGCUUAA